GACGUGACGCCACCGUCCGGUUUCAAACACCUGUCCGAUCCGGUUUCAAACACUUCUGCGGUCAGGUGCAUCUGGGCAAGCUGCUCAGUGAAUCGGACCUGCGCCUGGCGUGGGUUUCGCCCGGGAGCGAUAAGGUCGCCACCUCCGGAUAGGAGAAAUGAAAGUGAAAGGAGCGCUGUAUAUGUGUGUGUGUAUGCUUUCCUGGAGUUCUCAGAAGGACGGUGUAGAUCAUGAUUAUUGCGUUUGCUGGCGUCUUGUUUGCAUUGUUAUCUUCAGGUGCGUGUGGGUCUCAGUCGGUGCAAAAUGUCCUGUGGCUGCCGUGUCAGUUUGUGGAUGAGAUAAUCCGACUAAAUAGUGAGGGUCACAGAGAGACCGAAUAUCACCACCGAGAUGCAGUCCUGCAGUUCAGUAAUACAGGAGACAGACCCAUUAACCCCAAUGCUAUUACCUUUCUAGUCACCGCUUCAAAGGUGGAUAUACGGCGCUACGUGGAAGGGGGCUGGGAUGCUCUGCAGUGCGAGAUCCGCAGAUACAGCACUAGUGGCAUCGUUGUGCGCUGGCCCGGUUUAGGUGCCCAGGAGCAUGACGUGUGGUUCAUCUGCGCUUUCCACCACUCUGAGGGCCGGUUCGUGAUCACCACCUUCCUCAGGCACACGCUCGCAGACAGUGGCUUUACAGAGUGGAUUCAGGUUGAAGACAGGCAGAUUCUGACCACCUCAGUGGCGCUAGUAGUCCUGACACGCACGCCCAGCGUCCGAGUGGGCCUCAUGAAGGACCUGACCCUACACUGUCAGUUCGCCGUGGACCACAAGCAGGCCAACGUGACGGUGGAGUGGCGUCAGCAGCGGCGUGGUGAGCGCACCAAGCUCUUCACCUACUCCAGCCGCACAGGGCAGAGUGAAGGCUCCGGCGUGUCCCUCAGGGGCCUCUCCAACGCCGGCAACGCCUCACUGAAGCUCCCCCCGACCACGCAGGCCAGUGAGGGCACCUACAUGUGCUCAGUGCUCGUGCCCCCGCUCUACAUCAGCCAAGACAUCACCCUGAGCAUUCUCGAGCCGCCGCGCGUGUCAGUGAACGUGGGCUCGUCCUUGGCGUUAACCCUGGGCGCGGAGCAGAAGGUGAUGUGUGACGCCGAGGGAUACUACCCCCUCGACGUGACCAUCGAGUGGCAGCGGGAGCGGGUGGGCUCUAGCUUCAUCCCCCAGGUGCUGAAGAACGUGCUGUUUUCCAGCCACCGGAAUCACCAGGAUGGCACGUACUCCCUCUCUGCCUUCUUUCUACUGCAGCCCAGCCUGGAGGACUCGGGGUACAAGUACACCUGCCGGGUCUACCACAAGGCCCUGCUCACACCGGUCCGCAAGUCCUUCACCCUCAGUGUCACGGAACCAGACACUACAUGGUGGUAUGUUUCAGUCCUUGGAUUCAUCAUUUUGAUGAUAGUAAUUCUGGUAUGGCUGAUGCCACAGCUAAAUGAUGCAAGACGACAAUCAGCAAGAAAGAGGUUCUAAGAGCUUCGCUCCAUGGCAACAGACAACAUCAGUCCCACCGGCUCCUUGGAGGAGCAUUCCUGGAGGUGGUUGUGAAGGCCUAUCUCUGAUCUCAUGCUUUGUGAGUUGCUUCACGCUGGAUGAUGGAGAGACGUGUGAGAUCCUAGUGCCAUCCCAGCAUUCCCUGACUGCUGCAGCACCGCUGCAUCCGGUCACCAAUCAAUGUACGUGGUCAGGGUUCGAAUAGGCCUCAGAAAUUAUUUGUACUCUUUUAUGUUGGUUGUUGCUACAUCUCAUAAAUAGCUGUCAUUUUGGAGAU